AACACAGACAGGCUGUGAACUUAACUUCCCCAGACCAAAGAGACCACUCACUGCUAGACAAGCGCAACUGAGAUGACUAAUAAACUUCUUGUUUCUGUUGUUUGGCUAUGUUUUCUGCGACAAGGGAGCACAAGCAAGAAAUUACCUGGAGUUGAGCAAUAUGAAGUAGUUUAUCCACAGAAAUUGCACACAAUACAGAAAAGAGAUGCAGAAAGAAACAAUGAAGAGACAAAAUACGACGACACAAUGGAGUAUGGAAUCAAAGCCAACGGAGAGGAAGUCAUACUUCACCUCCAAAAAAAUAAGCAUCUAUUAGCUAGAGACUACACUGAAACAAUUUACUCAGAAGAUGGUCGACAAAUAACAACAAGUCCUCAGAUCAAGGAUCACUGUUACUAUGAAGGCUAUAUUCAAAACGAUGCCGAUUCAAUAGCAAGUAUCAACGCUUGCAAAGGUUUAAGUGGAUAUUUUGAGACCCAUGGUCAGAAAUACCUUAUUGAACCCUUGGGAACCUCGGACAGAGAAGAACAUGCGGUCUAUAAAUACGAGAAACUUGAAGACAAUUCCAUAAAAACCUGUGGUGUAAUCAAUAGUACGUGGGAACCGGAUUCAAAUGACCCCACCAAGAAGAUCUUUAAAUCAAGCAACGAUCCAGAAAUGAAAGCAUAUCUGAAAGCCAAAAAGUAUCUGGAAGUUUACAUAGUUGCAGACAACACUAUGUAUAAGAAGUAUAAGGAAGAUGUUAAAGCUGUAAGACAAAGGAUAUUUGGAAUAGUCAACUACAUCAACACGGUUUAUAAGUCCAUAAAUAUCUAUGUCGCAUUAAUUGGCCUAGAAAUCUGGACGGACAAUGAUAAAUGCCUCUUGAGUCGUGUGGCGGGCUCCACUCUAGACAGUUUCUCAAAGUGGCGUCAAUCAGAGUUAUUGCAGAGGAAGAGAAACGACAACGCUCAGCUAGUCACAGGGUUUGACUUCGAGGGGACAACGGUUGGACUAGCCUUUCUAAAAACCAUAUGCAGUGAUGUAUAUUCUGCAGGUAUUAUUCAGGAUCAUAACAGAAAUGAAAUUGCAGUGGGAGCUACCAUGGCACAUGAGAUGGGUCAUAACCUUGGCAUGAGCCACGACACCAAGGCCUGCACAUGUAACGCCAAAGUUUGCAUCAUGACAGAUACCGUCAGUUCUAUAAUCCCCCAGAAAUUCAGCUCAUGCAGCCUCCAAGAUUUCGAGAAAUACAUGUUGAGUGACAUGCCAAAAUGCUUAACUGACGUCCCAGAUAUAAGCAACAUCAUAGCCCCUCCAAUCUGUGGAAACAGCUUUGUGGAAAAAGGGGAAGAAUGCGACUGUGGAACUCCUGAGGAAUGCACAAACGCCUGCUGCGACCCCGAGACAUGCAAACUGACCGCGGGUUCUCAGUGUGCACAUGGAGAGUGCUGUGAAAACUGCCAAUAUAAAAAACCAGGAGCUGUUUGUCGAACGGUUAAGCACGACUGUGACCUGGCUGAGAUGUGCACUGGCUUUUCUAAGAAGUGCCCAGCAGACCGCUUCCGUGUGAACGGAUAUCCUUGCAACUCUGGCAAAGGUUACUGCUACAUGGGAGAUUGUCCCACCCGGGAAAAUCAGUGCAAAGCUGCUUUUGGGCCACAGGCUACUGAAGGUGCAGCUUCCUGUUACCGGAUGAACGAGAAAGGGGUAUAUUAUGGAUACUGCAGAAAAGAAAAAGGUAGUCACUCCCCAUGUAAGAAAAAAGAUAUAAUGUGUGGGAAGUUGUUCUGUGCUGGGGGGAAGGAGAUGCCUCUGUACGGGAGCCUGGUGAUGUUUGAGUCAUGCAAAGCAAGCUUUCCGAGCCACGGAGAAGCAGAUCCAGGGAUGAUUCUGAAUGGAACCAAGUGUGGGAGUGGAAUGGUGUGCAGCAACGGAGAAUGUGUCUAUGUCGAAGAUGCCUUCAGAUCCACCAACUGUUCUGCCAAGUGUACUGGACAUGCUGUGUGUGACCACGAGUUGCAAUGCCAGUGUGAAGAAGGAUGGGCACCACCAAACUGUGACAGCUCGACAGCAGUUACCAGUUUCACUAUUGCUGCCGGCGUGCUGGUUGCCCUUGCUGUCACAGCAGUAGCCGCAGUGUUACUUAUCCGUUUCCGAGUACUCAAGAGCUGCCAGACCAGAAGGGGACCUGGAGCCGCAAACCAAAUCUUCGUGAAUCAGGAACAACGACAAAGAGAACACCCUGUACCGGUGGUACCUGCCCAGAAGACGAACGACAAGAAACUUCUCCUUCCCGUACCUCCGCUACAGGAAAACAAACCACAGCGUCAGAGCCCUGCCAUAAGGCCAAAAGGUCCCCCACCUCCUGUCCCAUCUACCAAACCAGCCACUUCUCACACAGAAGAGAGCUUUGCACCAGAAAGAAAAUCUGCUCAUUUCCCAGUUCCCAAAGGCAAACCUCCACCUCCACCAAAGGCUUUAAAACCGCCUGCUAAUCCCAGAGUGUGAAGCUUCUGGAAUAGGACAGAUCAAGAAAGCUGAAAUUUUCAGGGACAGUUUGAUUGUCCUAUGAUUCCUCCAUUUUCGGCAAAGGCAACUGAGAUAUUCUUCCUGUUUUCUAUAAAAAAAAAGAACAAAUGAUUGACAGCUGCUUUGAGAGAAAAAGUUUGUUUUGCAAACAGUGAGGAACUCUUUGGUCAUGACAUCAAGCUGCUGUCCAAAAGGAAACCAAGCAAAAUAGCUACUUGCACUAAGGUGUACACUGGGAGUGAAUUAUGAAAGCUGCUUACAUAUCCCAACUUCUAGGCCACCACCCCAAGACGUGGCUGUACUGGGAUGCCUUGCAUCUGCACUGCUCUUCAUCGGUUUGGACCCGAGCGAUCAGGGAAAGCCUGGUGGACCAGACCUGUUAGCAAACUGUAAACUUUGUGCUACAUUUCCAGAUCUUUGCCAGCCCCAUCUUCAGCAACAGACCAGACCUUCUGCUUCAUGCACAAGUUGCAAGCUCUGGAAAAAGAAAAACCCUUCCUGCCUUUUGAAAAAAAAAAAAAAUGCAUCCUUGAGGCUAGUGCCUGAUUUAGCCUUGGUGUAGUUAGAUUAGAGUGGGAACACUUGGAUUCUGGAAGGAUCCUUUUGGAUCCCAUUCUCUCAUCAAUCCUUAGAUUGCCUGUUAAACAAGACUCCUCUUUUGAGGAGGCAGCACUGGAGAUAGGCUCACAAGCAAAGUACCCGGGAGUCGCGCAGCUUGCUGCUUGCAAGUACUCUCAGAUCUCUGGCUGUGCCAGUUUAAAAAGAACUCCAGCUGCCAUCAUUUCACUUGGAGAGCAAAAUUUUAAAAAGGACAGUCAACAAAGUCCUUAAUCAUUUAUUUUAUUUGUCCCUCAGCUCCAAAAAUAUCUUAGUACUUCUCCCUUCCAGGAUAUACACACCUUGGUGUUUUUGUUUAAUUGCUCUUGCACCAGGGUGUGUUAUUGUAAAGUUGCUAAUGAGAACUAGGCCAGGCACAGGGAGUUAUUAUUGUAGGACUGCAUCUCGGCAUGAGGCUUUGCACACUGGUGGAUUACUGUGGGGUUCUUCAUUAGUUCGGGCCUGCUGGCAUCAACUUUGUUGACACUGCUGGCCUGCUGGCAUAGAUCUUAAUGAUACUGUUGGCAUUGACAUUAAUAAUACUGUGAGGGUGCUGGCACUCAUGCUAUUGUUACCAUUGGCACUGAUAUUAUUAAUGUGGUUGGCAUCGAUAUUUUUAAGUAAAAGCACACGGAAGUAUUUUUCAAGGAAUAAAAACUUUACCAGAAAAAAGAGAGAGAGAGAGAAAUAAAAUUGCCCUGGACCCAAAGUACUCAAGAUUUUAUAGAGGUUCCAGUUUGAACUGGAUUUGGGUUUGGACCAGGAUCAAAAUCAGAACAGUCUUUCAGUUUUCCAAAUUGAUUACGCCGCAGCUCAGGAAGGCAGGUUUCCAGCCUUUGGGCAUGGCAGCUUUGUUGGGGAAGAUCAGGCAGCUGCCAAACUGACCAAACAAAAUCCAAGGCCUCAGGGCAGCACUGGGAAUAGUAACUUCAAUCUGGGCUUGGUUCUGACCAGUGCCGAUUAGGACUGUAAAAUAAGCCUGAUCCUCAAAGAGGGCAUGAAUCCCCCUCACGUCCACAAACCAAUUCACACACACGCUGAAAGCCUGACCCGCAUGAUCCUGCCCCAACGCUUGACACAACGGGGUUUUUAAAGUGCACGGUUUUGAAUGCAGAACCUUAUUUACAGUGGCUGUUUACUACAGCUGCGUACUGCAGAACUGUUGUCUCUUUAAUACAGUAACGCACGUAAAAAACAACACAACUUUUUUGCUUUGAAGUUGCCAAUAAGUACUGUCUGUCCUGUAAAAACACAGAUGUGAUGAACUUACAACCAUCAGUUUCGAGAAGGGAGGUGGGUUUUUUUAGGAUAGAUUUUACUGGAAGAGCAUUGCUUUCUUCCGCUUUGGAUAACCGAGUCUUUAUUUUUAUUCGGAAAGGGAUUUUAACCGAUCCACGUGUGACUACGGCGUAAAGA